GCUUUCCGUAAACGAAUUACGGUAACUUGACCGUCCUUGGCGAAUUGGGAGACGAGUUUUUUUGUACUUUUUAAACGACUCCACAGUUAUGUCGUCGACGGACGGUCGGACGGACGGUCCAGAAACUCCAUUAGAGAGAUAUAUUCCUGCCGAUAGUUUUCAGACUUUGAAAAAACCUGUGAAAUUUAUCAGAGAAAAAUUUGUUCUGCCAUUUAGAUCAAAAGAUCCUCCUGUAUAUUAUCACAGACGUUUUGAACGAGUUCCAACUAUAGAUCAGUGUGAAGUUGAUGAUCCACUGUGUAGAUAUGAGGCAAAUAUACAGUUUAUUAGAGACAAGCAAGUUGAUUCUGCGAUAAUCAAGAUAUUACGUCGUCGACUCACAGAGUGCAGAGCAUAUUGGAAUGAAGAUGCUGAGCUUAAAUGUCAAAAAGAGCAUUCUUUAUUUGUAGACAAUUUGCAAAAUUGGUUUGUUAAGUAUGGAGAAAUGGGCUUCAACGUUGAUGUUGUUUCAGCUUACAUGAAACAGAAACACAGAAUGAUCUGGCUACGACGAAAACAUGAAAGUGGUGAAACUGAUUUACAAUACAGGGAUUAAUGUUAUUGUAUAAAAUUUGGAAAGUGUGAUUUCAAAAGAAACUUGUUGAAAUUAAAACAGUACAAUUUAAUCUGUGUUGAAUGAUAUGUGUUAAGAUAGAGGGAUGAAAAUGUUAUUUUAUUUAUAUUUUUUUAGAGUGUUACCUAAAAAAAUAGAAAUUGCCAGAAACAUUCUAUAGCUUGAUAAUUGAUAAAGGUAUUCUCAAGGAAUAAACAAAUAAAUGGUAAACAAGA